CUGGACUAGAACAUAUCAAUAUCAAACCAUAACUGCUGUUUAAGCUUUUCUUUCUGACUUCCUUUCUUGCUACUCUGUUGUUUCCAAGUUUUGUGUAUUUAUUAUACAUAAUAUACUUCACUUGUUUAAACUUGUGUUGCAUAUUUGGUAAUCCUUUGAUCUUGCCAUUUUGAUGUCUAGACCAUUAGAGCAUGAUUACAUAGGCUUGGGGCCUGAGAAUCCAUCAAUGGACGGAAGCUCUGAAAAAAUAUCAUCUUCUUCUUCUGCUGCUUCCACUCUCUCCUCUGAGAAUGGUAAGACCUCUUCUCUCAACUUCAAGGAGACAGAGCUUAGGCUUGGCUUGCCUGGUUGUGAGUCUCCUGAGAGAAAAUCAGGUUAUGGGGUGUCUCUUUUUGGCAAGGAUUUGCAGAACAAGCAUAAUGUUUGUUCUGUUGCAAGCCCUUUGAAGAACCUUGUGGCUGGGUCUAAGAGGGGCUUCUCUGAUGCUAUUGAUGGCUCUUCUGGGAAAUGGGUUUUCUCUGUGAAUGAUGGAUCUGAGGUUGAUUUGGGAAAAGGAGCUCCUUUGUUCUCUCCAAGAGGAGGGAAUGUUGGGAAGCCUAUUGUUGGUUUGGAGAAUCAAACUAACACCCAGCAGGGUAAUACCACUUCACCAACCAUCAAAGAGGUUAGUGUAGUUCCCCAAUCUGCCAAGCCAGGUCAGGAAAAGAAUAAUCAGGUUGCUCGAACAAAUGAGCAUGCUAGUGCUCCUGCUGCAAAGGCACAGGUUGUGGGAUGGCCACCAAUUCGAUCUUUUCGAAAGAACACAAUGGCCUUUAAUAUGACAAAGAACAGUGAUGAAGCUGAGGGAAAACCAGGAUUUGGUUGUCUCUAUGUAAAGGUAAGUAUGGAUGGUGCCCCUUAUCUCAGAAAGGUUGAUCUGAAAACCUACAACAACUAUGUGGAACUUUCUUCGGCUCUUGAGAAGAUGUUCAGCUGCUUUACCAUUGGGCAAUGCAAUUCUCCUGGACUUCCUGGGAAAGAUGGACUAAGUGAGAGCUCUUUGAGGGAUCUUCUCCAUGGCUCUGAAUAUGUUCUUACAUAUGAAGAUAAGGAUGGAGAUUGGAUGCUUGUUGGUGAUGUUCCUUGGGAGAUGUUCACUGACUCAUGUAGGAGACUAAGGAUUAUGAAAGGCUCUGAGGCAAUUGGGCUAGGUUGCAGCUCCAAGGGCCAUGGAAAAAUCUAGGAGCCAAAACUAGUGCAGAAAAACCCGCUGGACCAAGGUGGGAUAUUCAAAGAAGCAUAUAAAAGGUUUACAAGGGAGUUUGAGUUUAUGGUUUUGUUCCAAAUCAAAAGUAUAUGUAAUUCAGUAUCUCAGUUUUUUGUGCAUUUAUAGCCUGACAAGUUUUACAUCUUAGAAUUUAACUGGAGACAUCCAGACCAUAUAUCCACAUAUUUUGUUUGUA